AGUGACAGUUGUUUCCACACAGUCACAUGGGGUUUAUUUUGAAAGGUGAACUUCUUCAGAGACAAGGGACAUUAGUUACACAGAGCCUGUGUCUGUAUAUCUCUCUGGUUAUUCAAAUUACCACAGUUAUGAGCAACUCUUUGAUGCACUUACUUUUAUUACCAACACGACUAAGCUUAUGGAUUCUCUCUUUAGUAUAUUACAUUCUCGUGUACGGCACAGCUGGAAUCACUGCUUGUUUGGUUUUGAUCCGAAUCGCCUUGACUGGAUUUAGGGAUCCAUAUGGAACUUUUCAAUGGAACGUCCGAAAGAAACCGCCAGACUGCCUUAAAGACCCUGCACUUGGUGACCACGCGUAUCUGAAGGGCAGGAGCUCAGGCUUGAGGUUUCAUUAUGUAUCCAAAGGAGACCACAGAAAGCCCCUAAUGUUGUUUCUUCAUGGUUUCCCAGAGAACUGGUACUCCUGGCGUUAUCAAUUACAGGAAUUCAGUAGUCAUUACCACACGGUGGCGCUAGAUCUGCGUGGCUGUGGAGAUUCUGACGCGCCCGACCAGCUGGAGGAAUAUUCACUGGAGACGCUUUUAUAUGACAUCAGAGACACCAUCGAUGAACUGGGUCACACAAGUUGCAUAUUGGUGGGCCAUGACUGGGGUGGGAUGCUGGCGUGGCAUUAUGCACUGGAGAGACCAGACAUGGUGCAACAUCUCAUUGUCAUGAACGCCCCUCAUCCUGCCUCAUGGCUGGACGCAGUUCUGAGGAGACCCUCUCAGCUGUUGCGUUCAGGACACGCCUGCUUCUUCCAGUUACCAGUGUUGCCCGAAAUAGUUUUGUCUCUUGAGGAUUUUAAGUUAGUCCGAAGUCUAUUUUGUGGCAAGAGUUUGGGCAUCAGAAACAAAUCCAGACGGCUGACUGAGACCCAGCUGGAGGGGUACCUAUACCGGCUGUCCCAGCCCGGAGGACUCACAGGCCCUCUGAACUACUUUCGCUCUCUUCUGAGUAACACUCUGUACAAGCAUCAAGAUGUCGGUGUGCCCUGCAUGGUCAUUUGGGGUGAGGCAGACAAUGUACUGGUUGAGGGCAUGUCUGGUGGAACGCGGCCUUAUGUAAGGGGUCAGGUCGUCAUUCACACUAUUCCCGAAUGCAGCCACUGGGUUCAGCAGGAUCAACCUGAGAGAGUCAACAAUCUCAUAUGGGACUUUGUUCUGGAUAAAGAUGUCAUAAAACACACUCACUGAUUGCCUUUGAGGAAAUUAAGAAAUUAUUUUGAGUUAUUAGCUCUAGCAAGGUUUCUGGUUUGUCUUAAAUUAAGGAAAAAUAAAUAAAUAAUACAUUAAUUAAUUAAUUAAUAAAAGGUUUGAGAUUUGUUCAGUAAACUGUCUCACACAGACGAGGAAAAAAAUGCUGUAUAAAUUAUUAUGUCAGGAAAUAUUCAUAGGCAUAUGCAAAGUUUAAUUAUAAGUUCAACUUUUACCUUUUUUCCCAGUUUAUUAGAUAUUAAAGCCUUUUAUGAAAUUUUCAGUUCAAGGAUCUUUGACUAAAAGUGUAGCCUGUCUUGUUUUACAGUCUGUUUAAAUUUAGUGUGACUAAAUACCGUACAGCCAUAUCAAAAUAUCUAAUGUGUUUUUUGUCUCAGUGUUCCUGUGAUUAUUGUUUGCAUUUUAAAUGCUAAGUGUGUUGACUUAUCCCAACACUAGUGACAACAAUGAACAAAUUCUCCUUGAGAAAAUCCCUGAUUCUUGAGGAGGCUGUGUACUGCACAUAUGAUUAUAAUACGUCACAGUUAAAAAUAGUAGCCUUUAACAAAAAGCAGUUAACAUUCUCUCAAGACCCUUUUCAUUAGGCACUGCCAGCAUUUAUUUCUAAUUAUAGCUUAUAUUAAUUUGAGUAGUUUGUUUCUCACAGAAAAUGUGGUUUUGGUAAAAUGAAUAUAGUGCAUGGGUCAAUCAGACUUCUUUUGAAAUACUUUUGUAAUACUUUUAUGGUAUUAUUAUGAUCGUGGACAGUCUGAACGGCCAUUCAUUUUGUUUGUAAAAAUCUGCUAAAUUUAUCUUUUUGUGUUUCAUGUAAAAAAAAUCUAAAUGAACAUAAAUUUUGUGGUGAAUGCUAUAAGUAUAGUCACAAAAACAAAUUUUUAAUCAACAUCUUUGUGACUUUCGUUAAGUGUUCACCUCAUAUGGCAAGCUGUUACAUUUAUUCCUAACUAGUACAAUAAUGUUUUCCUAUAGAGGGUUUGCACUUACGUCACAAUGCGGCCAUACUGGCGAAAGGAUGUAAACAACAGCAUGGACUGCACUUUGAAUAUACUUCUGAAUACAUUGUUCUGCUAAUUUAUCCUGUCUAAACCAU